CUCGAUUCCGACUGGUACAUUCCAUUGAAGCUCGUUGAACGAGAACGGCUAAAUCACGACUCAUUUCGAUUGCGAGUGCAAAUUGAUCGCGAGACGGGCAAAACCUUCCCUGUACCAUCCUGCUUGUAUAUCAAAGACGAUGCCAUUCAAGUGAUGCGUCCAUAUACACCGAUCAAUACGAAUCCGUAUACCGAUGGCUAUGUUGACUUCAUAGUGAAGCGUUACGAAAAUGGUGCCGUUUCUCGUACAUUGACCGGUUUCAACGUUGGAGACUAUGUUCACAUCCGUGGUCCCAUGGUUGAAUAUGAAUACAAGCGAAACAGCAAAAAUGAGAUUGGCAUGAUUGCUGGAGGAACAGGAAUUGCGCCCAUGUAUCAAAUGAUUCAACGUAUUCUUGAGGAUCCAGAGGACAAGACCCGUUUAUGGCUGAUCUAUGGCAAUAAGAAGGAAGAAGACAUUUUGCUGAGAAAAGAACUCGACAGCCUUCGAGAAAAACACAAGGACCGAUUCCAAGUUGAUUAUUUAUUAGAAUACCCCUCUGAAGAAUGGACGGGCGGACGUGGAAGAGUCACGAGUGAUCUGGUGAAGGGCAAGUUGGGCGAUAAUCACAAGACAGACGGAAUCCAACGGUUGGUGCUGGUAUGCGGACCGGAUGCGAUGUUGCAUAAUAUCUGCGGUGAUCGUGCCCUGAACAACUCACAAGGACCAGUAAGGGGAAUGUUGGGCCGCUUGGGAUUGACUUCCAAAGAAGUGUGGAAA